UUUUCUUUUUCUUUUUUUUUUUUCUUUUUUUUCUCUCUGGUUGUUUGGUUGAUGGGUUGUUGGGGAAGUAGAAGUAAGACGAAGAUAAGAUGGUAAUAUAUGUCAAGAUAGAUGGAAGGCGGGAAGGUGGGAAGGGACAAGUAUCAAAGGAGUGACGAAAGAAGUGACAAACGAAUGACAAAAGAUGGGAAUAGGCAGAAGCAGGAGCAGAGGCAGAAGCAGAAAAUGAUGAUGAUGAUGAUGAUGAUGAUGAUGAUGCAGGAAGAUGGGAGAUACGGCAAAAAAAGAGCGAAGAGACGAGUAGAGAAGACGCAGAUGAUGCAGAUGAAGAAGAUGCAGAAGAAGAAGAUGCAGAAGAAGAAGAUGCAGAAGAAGAAGAUGCAGAAGAAGAAGAUGCAACUGAUGCUGAUGCUGAUGAAGACGAUGCAGAAGAGGGAAGAUGCAGACAAAGACGAAAACGAAGAAAAUAAUAAAUAAGAAGAUGAAGAAGGAUGAAAGGAAGAAGAAACGAACGUUGAUAAGAAGAAGAAGAAGCAGAGU